GAAUAGUGAAAACAAAAAGAACGUUAGAAUUUGAAGAGGGGAAGAAGAGAGAAGAGCAAAUGGAAUUGCAGGGGGGAUUCCCUCUGCUAGUGCAACAAUACAAAGCAUUAUUCAAGAAAAAUGUGUUACUUGCAUGGCGUAACAAGCCCGCCACAUUCCUACAGCUCUUCUCGUCUUUCUUCUUUAUCUUCCUUCUCUUUUGCAUUAGAACAGCUAACGAAUCGCGCAAGUCUGCUUCCACCUUUGCCAAGGAAUUGCACGAUCCACAGACGAUGGGGGGCCCACCAAUCCCGCCCUGCGAGGACAAGUUUUUCAUUAAGACUCCCUGCUAUGAUUUCAUUUGGAGUGGCAAAGAUAGUAAAACUAUCGGGGAUAUUGUUAGGAAAAUUAUGGCAAAUAAUCCUGGUAGGCCUAUUCCUCCCAACAAGGUUCUAGCAUUCAACACCAAAAAGGAUGUGAAUAAAUGGCUUUUUGAUAAUCCUGUGCGUUGUCCUGCAGCUGUGCACUUUAAAAUACUGAAUGGGAAUAAAAUUGGUUAUAGUCUUCAGACAAACUCCACAGCCGUUGUGAAACGAGGACAAGAAGAAGAUCCAACUUUUAAAUUCCAAAUCCCACUUCAAUUAGCAGCAGAGCGCGAAAUCGCGAGGAGUCUGAUUGGAGAUCCAAAUUUCCCCUGGGAUGUCAGCUUUAAGGAAUAUCCACAUCCUCCUGGUGAUACAUUUAAUGAAGAGGCUUUAACAACAAUAAUUUUUUUCUUGGCAGUUGCUAUAUUUGGUUUUGUCUUCCAAAUCAGUGCUUUAAUCACUGAAAAAGAACUCAAGCUUCGGCAGGCAAUGACUAUGAUGGGUCUUUUUGAUACUGCCUAUUGGUUGUCCUGGGUCACCUGGGAAGCACUCCUCUCAUUUUUCUCUUCUGUGCUCACUGUGAUCUUUGGAAUGAUGUUUCAAUUUGAUUUUUUCUUGCGCAAUAACGUAAUAGUCGUGUUCCUUCUGUUUUUCCUCUUCCAACUUACUAUGGUUUCCUUUGCAUAUUGGCUGUCUGCUUUCACUACCAAAGCAGCUUCAGCGACAACUCUGGCUUUCGUCAUCUUUAUUGUUGGUUUCAUUACUAUGGUCAUUUCAAAUCUUGGAUUUCCCUACAGCCCUCAGUUUAAAGCUGACUAUAGGACUUUAUGGUCACUGUUCCCGCCAAAUCUUCUUACUAUAGGUCUUCAGUUACUUACUAAAGCAACUGAAAGUCCUAAAGAUCCUGGUAUUAACUGGAGUAAUGUGGCAAAGUGUUUACCUAAAGAACCAGGCUGUGUAGUUACCAUGCAAGAUGUGUAUAUACUGCAUGUGAAAACGUUUUUUUUCUGGUUCGUUCUGGCUAUAUACUUUGACAACAUAAUUCCAAAUAUCUCUGGUGUGAGAAAAUCAAAAUUCUACUUCCUAUAUCCUGGGUACUGGACUGGAAAUGGUGGAAGUAGGGUAAAAGAGGGAGGAAAUAAUAGCUGCUGUUCAGGUUCAUUGCCACGGUUGGAACCUAUUACACCAGAUGACGAAGAUGUUCUUAAAGAAGAAACCACCGUUAAACAGCAAGCUACGGAAGGUGGAUCUUCCAACAUUGCAGUUCAAAUACGCGGUCUUGUUAAGACAUAUCCUGGAAAGUCAAAAGGUUGCUGCAAAAGGAGUCCUCCUUUCCAUAGUGUCAAGGGCUUAUGGUUGAACGUUGAAAAGGAUCAGUUACUUUGUAUGCUUGGGCCCAAUGGAGCUGGGAAAACUACUACUAUAAGUUGUUUGACUGGGAUUAACCCUGUUACUGCAGGAGAUGCAUCUGUAUAUGAUCAGUCCAUACGAAGCUCUAUGGGCAUGACAAACAUUCGAAGGAUGAUGGGAGUUUGCCCCCAGUUUGAUAUUCUUUGGGAUGCAUUAUCUGGUGAAGAGCACCUUCAGCUUUUUGCCAACAUUAAAGGUCUACCCCCUGCUGAAAUAGACACGGUGGUAGCACAACUAUUAUCCCAGUCAAAAAUCACAAAGGUGGCAGCCAAGAUGAGAUCUUCUAGUUACAGUGGAGGAAUGAAACGAAGACUUAGUGUUGCUGCAGCUCUUAUUGGAGAUCCAAAGUUGGUUAUUUUGGACGAACCGACUACUGGUAUGGAUCCGAUAACUCGAAGGCAUGUUUGGGACAUAAUUGAGAAUGCGAAAAAAGGGCGUGCCAUUAUCUUGACAACCCAUUCAAUGGAAGAAGCUGAUGUCUUAAGCGACCGCAUUGCUAUCAUGGCAAAGGGAAGGCUUCGUUGCAUCGGAACUUCAAUAAGGUUGAAAUCAAGAUUUGGAACUGGUUUCAUUGCUAAUGUGGGAUUUUCUAGUGAAACAUCAUCUCAACCUGAAGCUGUGAAACAGUUCUUUAGAAGACGCUUAGAUGUGGUGCCUAAAGAAGAAAGCAAGUCCUUCCUAACCUAUGUUAUUCCUCAUGACAAGGAGAGUCUGUUGACGGAAUUCUUUGCUGAGCUUCAAGCUAGAGAAAGUGAAUUUGGUAUAAAAGACAUCCAGCUAGGUCUUACAACUCUUGAAGAAGUUUUCAUGAACAUAGCUAGGCAGGCAGAACUGGAAACUGCAAUAGCUGAAGGAAAAUUUACAACUCUUACAUUGAGCUCAGGGAUCUCUCUUGAAGUACCUGCAGGAUCAAGAUUUGUGGGAAUUCCAGGAACAAAAUCUCCACAGAAUCCUGGAGGAAUUAUGGUGGAAGUAUAUUGGGAGCCAGAUGAAUCUGGUAGUCUUUGUAUUUCUGGCCACUCAGAUGAAAUGCCAAUACCACCUCAUAUUCAACUAAGUGAUCCUCCAAACACCAAAUCAGCUAAAAAACGGGGAAUUGUAAUCGACCCUGCAGAACUCAAAAAGGAGUCAUAACAAAGUAUUACUAGGAAAUAUAGGGACUGAGGUACAUAAACUCAGAUAAAGUAAGAGAUCACAAGGGUCUACUGUGUAUAGUCUUAUACUAUCAGUCUGAAUUUACCAUAAGCCACUACCGCUUCAAAGGUGAAACUCUAGGUCUUAGUUAACUUGACGAACUAUUUUCGAUAGGAGUUCAAAGGUUUUGCAUAUCGAUAUCAUUUAAGUGUAUAGGACCAUAUGUAAUUAACAUGUAAAUGUUGUGAUUUUCUUGUAUCACAA